GAAGAAAUUACCUAAUAAAUUUCUUGAUUUACACCCUUUCUAGCAAUGAUGAUGCGUAACAACUCAACCGGAUCUCACACUAUUAACCACCUUCCACCUCCCUCCUCCUCCUUCGUCGGCUACCCACCACCACUGUGACACUACUCACUAAUCAGUCUCAGCAGCUUCUUCACUCGUUACAGCAAUAAUGGAUAGAGAAUCUUCCGACGACGAAGAAGAUCGCCGUCAUUUAAUUCAUCAAAAUGACAUAGUUCCUAAAUCUCCACGCCCUUCCACCUUCCAGAUCGACGAAGACGAUCACCACCAGUUCAAGAGCCCCCGUCAUUCCUCUCAAUCUAACAAUGUUCGCAAUUUAAUCUUCAAUAAAAGGUACAUCUUCGCUAUCACUCUCCCUCUCCUCAUCAUCUUCAUUUAUUUCACCGCCGAUUUCAAAUCCCUAUUCCGCACAAAUCCCUCUUCCGAUUCUUUCCAAAAUGGUGCGGUUGCUUCUAAUUUGAUGCGUGAGUCCGAAUUACGAGCUUUAUACUUGUUAAAACAGCAGCAAUCAGGCCUAAUUGAUUUAUGGAACCGUACUUCAAUGCCUAAUUUGAACUCCACUUCCUCGAACUCAAUCCAAGAUCUUAGAUCUGCUCUUAUUGAUCAAAUUUCAUUGAAUAAGAAAAUUCAGCAAGCGUUAUUGUCGUCUCAUCAGUUUGGGAAUUGGUUAGAUUCCAAUGACCAUAAUGUUACAGACCCUACUCUUUCCGGUUUAACUGCUUGCCGGAAAGUCGACCAGAGAUUAUCAGAAAGAAGAACAAUCGAGUGGAAGCCCAAACAAGAUAAGUAUCUGUUCGCCAUUUGCACAUCAGGCCAAAUGUCCAACCACUUGAUUUGCUUAGAGAAACACAUGUUCUUCGCUGCUGUUCUCAACCGUAUCUUAAUCAUCCCCAGUUCCAAAGUCGAUUACGAGUUUAACAGAGUGCUAGACAUCGAUCACAUCAACAAAUGCUUAGGAAGAGAAGUUGUAAUCACAUUCGAAGAGUUUUCCGAACGCAAGAAAAACCAUAUGCACAUAGACAAAGUCCUCUGUUACUUCUCAUCACCCCAACCUUGUUACGUUGAUGAUGAGCAUGUAAAGAAGCUGAAAGCCAUAGGCGUCUCCAUGAGCGAGCUUAAAACAGUAUGGACUGAGGAUGUAAAGAAGCCAACAGACAGAACUAAACAAGAAGUAAUCGAAAAGUUCUCCACCAAUGAUGAUGUUCUUGCCAUUGGAGAUGUGUUCUUUGCUGAUGUGGAGAAAGAGUGGGUGAUGCAGCCAGGUGGCCCUAUUGCUCAUAUAUGUCAGACAUUAAUCGAACCAAGCAGAGUAAUCUUGUUAACUGCUCAACGAUUCAUCCAAACAUUUUUAGGAGAAAAAUUCAUUGCCCUUCACUUCAGGCGACAUGGGUUCUUGAAGUUUUGCAAUGCGAAGAAUCCAAGCUGUUUUUUCCCAAUUCCUCAAGCUGCUGAAUGUAUUACACGACUUGUUGAAAGAGCCAAUAUACCAGUAAUUUAUUUAUCUACAGAUGCUGCAGAGAGUGAAACUGGUUUAUUGCAAUCACUUGUUACAUUAAAUGGGAAAACUGUGCCACUUAUUACACGUCCACCUCGUAAUUCAGCUGAAAAAUGGGAUGCUUUAUUGUAUAGAAAAAAACUUGAUGGAGAUCCUCAGGUGGAGGCGAUGCUUGAUAAGACUAUUUCUGCAUUGUCUGGUGUGUUUAUUGGAGCACCAGGGUCAACAUUUACAGAGGAUAUUAUUCGGUUAAGAAGAGGGUGGGGGACAGCUUCUGUAUGUGAUGAGUAUUUGUGUGAGGGUGAAUUGCCAAAUUUUAUUGCAGGAGAUGAAUGAAGGGUAUUUUAGUAAAAGUUACUUAUAUUGUAAGAUAUGAUGAGGAUAGUGUUAGAUUUAGAAAACUUGUUAUUUGGUGUACACUUGUUCAUUUUUUGAUUCAAUUUGGAGCUUGGUUGAGUGUUUUUGUGGUGC